GCAAUAAUCGUGUAUCUCUGGCUGUGUCGGCCCAACCUAUAGAAAAUAUUUUUCACCACCAGAUUUGCUCUAUUACUCAAGCAUCACCCUAGAAACUAAGCUGUCUUGUCAUACAUCCACACGCGUGCGCUGGCUCCCCGCUAAGAUAAUCAUUCCCGCAUAUCAUUGAGGCCUCCACCACAUCAGGUUUCCGUCACUCGUGAGAUUUUCCAGGGAGGAUGGCAGCAGCGUCCGUUUGCAAGAUCUGCGAGGAUCCCCUCGUCGUUGAAGUCGAGGGGGAUGGGGACAGUGAGGACACCAACACGCAGACUGUCCCAGAUGAUUUGGAACUUCCGUGCGACUGUCAUUUUCAUUGGCAGUGCCUCCUGGACAAGGCCUCAGAUGUAGCCAUAUCCUUGAAAUGUCCAUCUUGCCAGGUCCCUCUGGCCCAGAACAACGCCGGGCCGUCCGUCACCAACCCGUUCCUGCAAUCUACGUCAGGCGUCUCCAUUUUGACAAGGUACGUCAACGAAGGGGGUGUUCAAGAGGACUUGGACAUACUCCCAGCCAUAACGGAAGAGGCGUACCUAGAGGCCAAUCCCCAAGCCCGGCCGGCACGCGCCUUUCAUGUAAUGUGUAGCGAGGGCGAUGUCGAUGGAAUUGUGGACCUACUCCGAGAUAUCGAGCAAGGAGAUGGAGACGAACCUGUGCUCACUCCGGCGCAGCUCAUUCGCUACCAGGACCCUCUCGCCAACAUGAAGAGUGGCCUUCAUCUUGCCAUUGAGCAAGGACGGGAGGAGGUUGUGUGGUUGUUGCUCUGGCUUGCUUCUCCUCUGCGCACAGAUGCUUUUCCUGGGCCACUCCGGGAGAUUGCGCAGGCAAUGGGACUCCAGCGGCCAGUCACACCGCCAUCCGACGACAUUCGGGCUCUCCAAGAUGACCGGGGCCGUGCAGCUGAGACCAUCGCGGCAGAACGGGAGGGACCUUGGGCUGCUCUAUUGCAGUCCAAUGUGCUGCAUCCCGGCUCAUCAUGAUCAAGCGUAACCGUGGCACGGCAGCGAACGCAUUCGCCCCUCCUCUCCUCGUGCCCUCUCUCGUAAUUAAUAAUUGACUUGUCUCUCCACCGGGAACAAGAGGCUUGAGCGCUAUUAUUAGCAUUUCAACCUAUCAAGAGACGUAGAAGACAUACAAUGGAUAUGCAAGUUCGUGAAACUAGUUCUUCUACCCAUCGACUUCGAUUCGAGCCAAGAGCGGUUCAUGUCGUUCUGCAGGUGCCAAUCACAUCACUCUUGAGCAGAAGA